GCUUGAACUCCCCACAAGGUGAAGGAAAGACGGGAGGGAGUGGAGAGAAGAAAGGGGCGGUGUUUAGGGGAACGGUCUGGUUGGGUUAUUUACGCACCAGACGCUCCAGUCACUGGAAACACGUCAGCUCGCAGCUCGCGGGACUUUCGCGGAGGAUUUCAUUAUCUGUCAUAAUUGUCCGGAGCGGCACGAGCGGAACGAGCAGCUCGGGUCCACGCGCAGACUCCCGAGCAUCUCCAGAGGCUGCCGGUGCGCAACGAGAGAAAGACACCAUGAGUGAGCGCUUCGACUGCAAAAACUGCAGCGAGUCCCUGUGCGGACGCAAAUACAUCCAGGUGGAGGACAACCCUCACUGCAUCCCCUGCUACGACCGGCUGCACGCCCACACCUGCCAGGAAUGUAAAGAGAUCAUCGGCCACAAUGCCAAGGAGCUCUUCUACGAGAACAGACAUUACCACUCGCACUGUUUCCGCUGCUUCCGCUGCGACCGCUCUCUGGCGGACGAGCCCUUCACCAGCCAGGAGGACGCGCUGGUGUGCAGCGACUGCUACUGCAGCGAGUACUCCUCCAAAUGUGUGUCCUGCGACAAGACGGUGAUGCCAGGAUCAAAGAUGCUGGAGUACGGCGGCUCCACGUGGCACGAGGACUGUUUUGUGUGCCACGGCUGCGAGAAGCCGAUAGGUGCCGAGGCCUUCAUCCCCGACAACAACAACUAUUACUGUGUGCCGUGCUACGAGGGCAGGGUGGCUCCUCAGUGCAGCCACUGCAAAAAGGCUCUGACUAAAGGAGGCGUGACCUACAAGGACGAGGUGUGGCACAAAGACUGCUUCCUGUGCACGGGCUGCAAGGCUCCGCUGGCCGGCCAGCCCUUCACCUCGCAGGGGGAGAGUCCGUACUGCGUCAAGUGCUUCAGCAGCCUGUACGCCAAGAAGUGUGCCGGCUGCAAUACGGCCAUCACAGGGUUCGGAGAUGGGAAGUACGUGUCCUUCGGGGACAAGCAGUGGCACCAGCCGUGCUUUAAGUGUUCCCGGUGCUCCGUGUCGCUGGUGGGCUCCGGCUUCUUCCCCGACCGCGACCAGAUUCUGUGCACAGACUGCAACAACGAUGACUGAAGCGCCACGAGCACCUGCAGCAAAUAUGAAACAAAGAAAAGAACAUGUGUCUAAAGCCCGGCUUUGUACCCGAACACCGCGAUAUCACUAAUUCACAAACAGUGUAAAGCUGAUGCAAAGCUCAGUAUUUACAACCCAAAACUCUCAUCGGCCUUUAGCACAUUGAAAUGUUUGUAACAAUUCUGCAGAAACAUCCUGUGAUGUAUGUGUAUGACUUUGUUUUUCAAUAUUUUUUACGUUUUGCACACCACAGACUAAAUAAAAUAAACAACCCAUAUAAAGUAUCUUAAGCUUUAAAUUAAACACCUUUUUUUAAUGAACCAAAAUUUGAAUGUUAUGACCAACGCUUGGCAAACAUAUUUCUACUUUUUAAAGAAUAUUCCAAGUUAUAUAUUGCUGCCCUUCUUCUUCUUCCACUACUCCCUGUAUGUAAACUCAUUUGGCGAGAAUGUAAUGUAUAUUUUCUUUUCUUUUGAGCUUAAAACUGUCUUUCCUGGCGUACAUACAAUAAUAAUAAAUGUAACUAAAUAAAGGGUAGUGUAUAAAUGG